AUGCUUAGAAGAGGGAUCAAUAUAUCAAAUGACGUCACAACUUCGGAAUGCUUAGAAGAGGGAUCAAUAUAUCAAAUGACGUCACAACUUCGGAGUACUUUUGCCUUUAUCUACAUUUUUUGUCAGCCUGAAAAUCCUGCAUAUCUAUGGAAUAGGUUCAGAUUUAUGAUGAUUGAAGAUUAUUUGCGUCAAUAUUCAGAAGUAAUUGCAAUAAACAUGGCUUUAAUGGACAUUGAAAACGUUUUUCUUGAUCAUGGUUUAUGCUGUCAAAGUUUUGAUCUUCCUUCACCUAUAAAAAUCCCCCCAAAACAUUAUGAUGCCCAUGUUGAUGCCGAUUCAAUCGAGCGUAUAUCUAAAUUAAACCGAUUACAAAAAUAUGCUUUUGAUUUAAUUAUACAAGCGAUUGAAUUAGAAAAUAUUUCAGAAAGAUAUUUCUUCGUGGAUGGCCCUGGAGAUUCAGAUAAAACGUAUCUUUACAACACCUUAAUGUGUUAUAUAAGAGCAAAAAAUCAAAUUUUAUUGCCUUUUGCAACCACCGGCAUAUCCUCUAUUCAAGGGGGGAAGAACCAUCAAUAG